GCGCAACGUGAGUUGUUGCCCACACACACGCGCGCGCACAGGAACGGAUCCUGCCUUUGCGGAAGCGAAGCAGCCGAGGCGGCGCUAAAUGAGAUUAGCAUACUGAGCUAAGAGAGGAGCUCCGCGCUGAUGUGGAUGGACGGCUGAGCUAAGCCGACAGUAGAAACACAUUUUUUUUUUUUCUCAAGCGGACCGCAGAUUUCCAGGGUGUGUUUUGUCGCCUGCCGAGGAGAUGGGGGACAAGGCGGGCACCAGAGUUUUCAAGAAGUCGAGCCCCAACUGUAAGGUCACUGUUUACUUGGGAAAGAGAGACUUUGUGGAUCAUCUGGACCAUGUUGACCCUGUAGAUGGUGUGAUCCUUGUUGACCCUGAAUAUCUGAAAGACCGGAAAGUCUUCGUCACGCUGACCUGUGCAUUUCGAUACGGCCGUGAGGACCUUGAUGUCCUGGGUCUGUCUUUCCGGAAGGAUCUCUACAUUUCUACCUUCCAGGCCUUCCCUCCGGUGCCUGAAGAACGGAAACCCAAUAGCCGCCUGCAGGAGCGGCUCCUGAAGAAACUUGGUCAGCAUGCACACCCAUUCUAUUUCACUAUUCCUCAGAACCUUCCCUGUUCAGUCACUUUACAGCCCGGCCCCGAGGACACGGGGAAGGCUUGUGGCGUUGACUUUGAGAUCAGAGCGUUCUGUGCCAAGUCCAUAGAAGAGAAGAUUCACAAGAGGAACUCUGUGCGUCUGGUGAUCCGGAAGGUUCAGUAUGCCCCGGAGAAACCGGGUCCUCAGCCCAUGGUGGAGACCACUCGCAGCUUCCUGAUGUCAGACAGAUCCCUGCACCUGGAGGCCUCGCUGGACAAAGAGCUGUAUUAUCACGCAGAGCCCAUCAGCGUCAACGUCCAUGUCACCAACAACUCCACCAAGACCGUCAAGAGAGUCAAAAUCUCAGUGCGUCAGUAUGCAGACAUCUGUCUCUUCAGUACUGCUCAGUAUAAAUGUCCAGUGGCCCAGCUGGAGGCAGAUGACCAGGUCUCGCCGAGCUCCACCUUCUGUAAGGUCUACACCCUGACCCCGACGCUGGACAAGAACCGAGAGAAGAGAGGCCUGGCUCUGGACGGCAAGCUGAAACACGAAGACACCAACCUGGCUUCCUCCACCAUGGCGAAGGACGUGGCCAACAAGGAGGUUCUCGGCAUCCUCGUGUCCUACAGAGUCAAGGUCAAGUUGGUGGUGUCGCGCGGAGGAGACGUGUCGGUGGAGCUGCCUUUCAUCCUGAUGCAUCCUAAACCUGCAGAGCCGCCGGCGUCCCGUCCACAAUCAGCUGUGCCGGAGAUGGAUCCGCCCAUCGACACCAAUUUGAUAGAAUUUGACACAAACAUCUCCCAGGACGACGACUUCGUCUUCGAGGACUUCGCUCGCCUGCGGCUCAAAGGCGUCGUGGACGACAAGGACGAGGACUGCUAGGAACUCACCGACCCUUCAGACGCUCUCUUAGACACACGCACGCGUACACACACACACACACACACACACACUUUCGACAUUCCCAGGAUGGGAGGGGCGGUAAGGACACGUUGGACGGAGACCUCACCACUGUUCUUCCUGCUUCGUCCCAACGCCGUCGUCUCCUUGCGUUUUCUGUCUCAGUUCUGCUGACGGCUGAAACGGUUCCAAAAGAGGAAGUGCAAACACAAUCUGCAGCUUUUCAAAUGCCGAAGUUUGUCAUUUCAGUAAAAAUUCUGUAAAUUGUCAAAACUUUGAACUUGACUUUAAAAAAAAAAAAAAGGCAAGACAAUGGAUCUGAAGUAUUAAUUUUAGGAUGAUGUUGAUUUGUUACGUUACAUCGUGUCACAGUCAGCAGCUGCUCCAUUUCUGUUUUGAACACAAAACUGAGCUGCCAACAGAUUUCACAAUAAAAGACUUUGUGCCGCUCGCAGGCUGAAAUCCUGUUGUUUAACAAAAAUUUGAGGUGUCACUGAAAAUUGAUUUUACAGACACACACGCAAAUAUAGUGUUUGUCAAAGUCAAACAAAAACCUGCUGCAGACAAAAAAAAUCACAAUUCUACAAAUGCUAACAUUUAGAUUCAAACGUUACUUGGAGUGUGUGUGUGCGUGCGUGCAAGCGCGUCAACACCUAUGAUGUCAUAAAGCAGUGAUAUUCUGUCACAAAAUUCAGUGGUUGAGUCAUGAAACCGAGAUCAACAAAAAUGUAGCUACUUCUUGAGCGACCUUCUGACCUCGGUGCCUCCUCUUAACGUUACCGCUGUGUAGCACGCCAAAAUAAAGUCAGACCGCUCAUGUGACAUCGUCCUCUGAACGUUUAAUCAAUCACACUUUCACGACUUACCAGAAUCAAAGUUUUUUGUUAAAUGUGCUGCCUCAGAGUUGGAAAGCUAAUGUUAGCAGCUUUUCAGCUCAAUGUAUUUCAGAAUUUACUUGCACAAUAAGAAGCUACGUCUGAUUUAAUGAAUAUUUGUCAUUAAUCCAGUCUGAUCCAGUUUCUGAGUGAAUCUGUACAAUAAUCCUUGUAGUUUUUGAGUGAUGUCUUGAAAAGUAGAGCAGAGGAAGCAGCUGUUGGCUGUGAUAUCCUGUGAAUGUUACCAAAUUAAAAUGUGGAAGUGGAAUAUCAGAAAAAUUCUGUUACUCUUUCAGAUUCAGAGUGACAGUUUCUUUGUUCCGGGUCAGAUCCAGAUUGUGGAUCCGUUCAUCCUGUUUGACGGAGGCAAAUAAAUGUGACAGAAAAUAUUCACUCUAAUUGACCAAAACAGGAAUAUUAAUAUAUGAAAAUAAAAAUAUAUCAAGCGGCGUUUCUCGUUCAAGCUCUUUUUCUGCCGGCCGUCACACGUGUCUUUUACAAGCAGAAUAUAUUUAAAUAUAAAUCCUUUGGAUCGCUUUUUCUUUUCAACAUAACAGCUGUAAAACAAAACGAACACACCUCCAUCUAAAUGAAGUGUAAUGUCACCAGCAUUUGCACCCCAU